AUGCGAGUCCCACAUUGCCUGAAAGGGACACCCGGAAUCACCCCAUUCAUCGGCGUAGUUCUUGACGAAAAUGGUACGAUCAAUGGCUUCUUAUCCGAGGCGCCAACGAACGGGAGUCUGUUCGACACCAUAGCCCGAUCCAUUGAAUCUGGCGCCCCGAUUAGCUGGGAGAGGCGCGAAAAAUGGUGUAGGCAAAUUGUACGGGCUGUUGCCGAGAUGCAUUCAAAGAAUUUCGUUGUGGGAAUGCUGGGCAACGUUCACGCUUCUGGGCUAGGUCUAAAUGCCCGAGACGACGCGGUAAUACACCAUCGUUUCUGGACGACAUUCGCGUAUGAUAACAUGAAAACGGGGGUUGUACCACCGGAGCUCCGUCAAUCUGCUUCGAUUGUGGGUUCAAUGACGGCACUGCCACAGACGGACAUCUAUCAGCUAGGUCUCCUACUCUGGCGGAUCGCCACAAACAGACACCACCUUCCAAGGCCGGCAUUUUGCAAGCUUUCUGGCUGCACUACUGAACCACAUUCCGACCCGGAUCAGCUUCCGCCGCCUGGAGAAGACACUCCUCAAUACAUUAGGGACAUGGUUGUCACUUGUCGCGCUGAAAAUCCAGAUGAAAGGCCGGCAGCCUGGGAGCUUUUGGAAAUGUUCCCUCCUGAGGUGGAGACGACGACGACUGCAACAAAGGCAACCUUAGACACCAGAGAGUCUUCAAUCCAAGAACACGUCCGCAACCGUGGCUCUAGCGGAAUGCUCCAGCAGCGUAAACGCUAG